AUGGCCGCGAGAAUACUAGACAUACUUCCGGCUGAGACUCUCAUCAGCAUCGCGGGGCAUCUCGACGGCAUUGCCGGACCGGAUUUGUCCUACUUUUCCCUCACCAACAAAGCCUUUCAUACAGCCGCCGCUUGCUUCUUGUUCCGCGACAUCCACAUCCUCGUCAAGCAUCCUCGGAGACUACAGCGCGAUGUCGAUUCCUGGCUCGCAAUUCUGGGACGCACAAACUCCGCCAGGCAUGUCAGGCGCCUGAAGAUGACCUUCCUGGACAAGUCGCUCCCUCACAGUGAUCUCUACUCGCCUGAUCGACACAUGAUACUACCGGUUUCAAAGGAAACCUCGCUCGAUUUCAAGCAUAGGUCGCCCGAGAACCGACGCCUCCGCGAUGCCUUUGUCGAUCCCGAAGCGUGGACUCCCAUGACCAGACUGCUCGAAGCCCUGCCCGGACUGGCCAACAUGGUCAUUGAACAUGAGAGCAGCUUUUCGCCUCUUCUCCUCGAAACCAUUCGCACGCAUCACCCAAGUUGUCGGCUAGAACUCAAUGGUUUCGAUCUUCACUGCAGCGAAGGCGCUGCGAUCAAUGCGCAUGAUGUUGCACUUCUACUUGCACCCCAAUUGCAUAGCAUCUCUAUAAAAGAGUAUUACCAGACGUCCAUUGCACAUACAAACGAAUCGGUUAUGCUACGUCUCAUCGGAGGCCUAUCACCGAAUCUCAAGACAGUAAAGCUGGAACCCUUCUUCGGAGGCAGACAUAAGCGAAAAUACGACGCAGAUUUCGAGAAUGAGUUGCAAGCGUUGAUCGCGCAAACACUCGACCACAGUUUCAUACCUGGGAAGGAUCUGUCAAGCAUCUUGAAGUCACCAGAGCUCGGUUCACUGCGUUCUCUGACACUACAGAAAACCAAUCCCGAUAGGCUCAAGGCGUGGUCCAGGGCGACGGACUUCGCGGCACUGCGUCAUCUGAGAUUGACCGCAAGUCCUGGAGAGUUACCAUGGCUUACGACGCAUGCCAGAUUCCACAAACUCGAAAGCCUAGAGUUAAACUACAAUGAAGUUAUUGUUGGCCCCCGACCUGCUUGGGAGGGGGUCGCGAACCGUGGAGACGUCGCUGUUGAGUUCCUAGCCAUCAUGCCAGCCUUAACAUCCCUCUCGCUCGAGGGCAGAGUACCUUCACCAGCCGUCCAGUUUGCGUUGUCCAAAUUUGGAGGAUGCCUGCGCAAACUAAGCAUUCGGCCCUCCUACGGCUCUCAUUCCAUGCAGGAGUAUCCCAGAAUCGCGCCGCAGGACUUAUGCGUGCUAUCUAAGACAUGCAUGUGGGUGCAGGAUCUGACGGUCACGAUCACUGUACCUACGUUCCAAACGAGCUCAUCAGAGAUGAUAGAGGCAAGUGAGUGUCUUGGACGGAUGCGGAGCCUCCGAAAUCUCUACCUGACACUUCGACAUUCUGAACUUAAAGUGCGGGCUGGAGAUGGCGGGUGCAGACGAAGAGCUCGUGCGUAUCAGAGAAAACUCGAAACGACGAUAGAGGCACAUGCGGCGGGGGUGACACCCGCGGAGGUUGCCAAGUCGAUCUGGGAGACAAUAUGUGGACAAGGCUGCCGCUUGGAGUUACUUCAGCUUGACACUAUAGGUGACUGGGGUGGCACACGCAAGUCUGACCGUGUUCAUCAGAUUCGUAGAGUCGGAGCCAUGGGUGAAGGUUUGGUGGAGACCGCCUUGUUCCGAGAGAACGGGAAACUAUUUUGGAGAGACUGA